AUGGUUCAGACGAUUUCCCUCGCCGCUAUCUGCUCGUCCCUUGUGGGCUUGAGUAGUGCUGCUCUUGGCUCUGCAGAAGAGUAUGCUGAUGGUUCAGUGCAUGCCAGAAUCAUGGGCAUGAAGAUGGCUGAAUGGGAUGCUGAACUUGCUUCUGGUGCGAUGGACAGCUCACAGUAUCCAGGACUGGGAUAUACUGCUUGUGAGAACGGUUUCGCUGCCGCCAUUCCUGGAGACAAGAACAACACCUUCAAGUGCAACAACGUCGAUCUGUACCACUUCCUGCCUCACGCACAACUCGGCAGUGUCGGCCAGGGCUCAUCUUCUUGGGGUUGGACCUCUGAGGACGGACGUGAGUUCGUAGCAAUUGGUCAAUUCGACGGCACUGCGUUCGCCGAGAUAUCCAGCGAAGGCAAACUCGUCUACCUCGGUCGCCUUCCCCAGUAUGACCCCAUUGGCUCUCGAUGGCGAGAAAUUCGAGUCCUGCGCGACUACGCCGUCAUUGGCUCUGAAGCCAUCAACUCAGGUGUCCAAAUCUUCGACAUGAAGAAGCUCCUCACUCUCGAUCCUGCUAGCCCCCACAACUUUACCCAGGAGGACCUCACUGGCUACUGGAACGAGCUCCCUGUCGGCCGCACGCACAACAUCGUCGUCAACCAGGAGCUAAGUUACGCUAUAGCCGUUGGAUCUGUUGGCGGUAAUGAGACAAUCCGUGUUCGCGGUGACCUGCCCUGCCGCGGUGGUCUCAUCUUCUUGAACAUGACCAAUCCGGCCAACCCAUUCUCUCCUGGCUGUGCUGCUGGUGACGGCUACGUACACGAUGCGGAGUGCUUGACACUUACGAUUUACGACGUAACCAACAAGAACGGAAAUGUUACCAACAUCAUCUCAAUCACUUCUUACCCUGGCGCGGAGUACGUCCACCAGGGUGUGGUCAACGACGAGCAGAACCAAGAAUACCUCUUCCUCGACGACAAGUUCGACGAGCGGGAUGCAAAGGUCGGGCCCAUGACACAGGGACUCCCUACCACACACAUAUUCGAUAUCCGCGACCUCGAGAACCCUUACUAUACCGGCAACUUCGAGGGUAAGCGCCGAGCCAUCGACCACAACCAAUACGUUGUCGAUGGAUUCUUGUACCAGAGCAACUACGGUGCGGGUAUUACUGUUUAUGACAUUAGUUCCAUCACCAAGGACCCUUCAGGUGACUCCAUCUGCGAGGCUGGCUUCUUUGACAUCCAUCCUGAGGACGACGAACUAGAGGGCGGAGGCACAGUCGCUUUCCUCGGAUCUUGGAGCAGCUACCCGUACUUCAAGUCUGGUUACGUCUUCGUCCACACCAUCGAGCGCGGAUCCUUCGUUGUCAAGAUGACUUCCAAGGAAUGCCCGAAACCUGCUGUGUGCAAGUCUGAUUCUUGCUUGACCAGCCUGAGGGCGAGCAGCAUUGAGGGAAGACUGGAGCAGAGUAUUGACUUCUGCGAUGACUACUUGAGGAGACAGAACGAUGAGGUGCAGGGCAUCCCUGACUACGCACGCCAAGGCUGUGGUGGAAAUGCGACCGAGAACGUAGUUGCUAGGGUGAGCAGCGCGUGUGCGUGUGUUCCGACUGUUGCAGUGCCGGAGCUGCCGAGGACGACGAUUAGGCCGCCUGUGCCUACUGUGCUGCCGCCAAAGAGGAACUAA